CGAAUGCGCCUGUAACACCACGAGAGUUACAAAAACAAGUUGUGUGGGGAUGUGGAGGGCUCAAUGUCACGGAGAUUUACUGGCGAAUAAACAGACAAGAGUGACCUUUAAAUCACUGAUGCCGUUAGAUUUGAUUAUAUAGGAUAGUCUGCAAUAAGGCAGUGACCUCUUGAAGAGGUCGCCCAAUCUCCCUCCCCCUUCUUUCCUUGUAGUCACUGGUCCACCAUGUACACCCAGAUUUGUAGAGUGGUGGAGCUGAUGAUGCGCUCUGGUUGCUGCCAGACCAUCAGAAGUAGAUCCUGUUUGCGCAAGGCAGUGUUGGCUCCUGUGGGUCCCUCUGGCCUCUGUGUUCCUGGGGCUCCUGUGCUUCAUAGAAGGGCCUACAGCCUGGAUUCACUCUCCUUGGGUCCUGGUCGGCCCGCACUUGGUCCAAGCUCCCAACAGCCCCGUGCAGAGAGGACAUCCCCCUCCUCAGCACUCACACACAGGAACCUGUCUGCUGUGGCUGUACAGGGCCAGUGUCGUCCUCUGUGUCGGUAUGACUUCCUGGACCUUGGGGAGAUAGAGGAGAAUGUACGCCGUGCUCAGGCCUGUAAAAAAAUGAGACACUUCAUAGUGGACCCAGACCUGGCUAAACUGGUAACACAGCAUCUAGGACCUGAGGAUGCCAAAGCUGUUAUCUUCGAAUGUAACCCAGGUCCUGGGGUGUUGACUAGGACACUGCUAAAUGCUGGCGCUCAGAAAGUUGUGGCUCUUGAAGGUGAUAGGUUCUUCCUAGAUGAUCUAAAGGAGUUGGAAGGUCGUCUUGAUGGUCAGCUGGAAGUGGUUCACUGUGACUACUUUAAAUUAGACCCCAUUGGCAGUGGAAACCUUAAACCCCCUGUCAUGUUCACCGACAAACUGUUCACUGACCUGGGAAUAUCAGAAGCUAGCUGGACUGAUGACAUCCCAGUGAAGGUGGUGGGUAUCCUGCCCCAGCGUAAUGACCGUGGCAUGCUGCUGAAGAUGGUUUACGCUUUGUUUGAACGGCUGUCUGUCUACAGAUACGGAAGAAUAGAGCUCAACCUCUUCAUAAGCGAGAAGGAAUACCUGAAACUGGUGUCACGUCCAGGUGAAAUGAUGCACUACAGAGCCUUCAGUGUCCUCUGGCAGAUGGCCUGUGAUAUUGAACUACUGCACAAGGAGCCCUGGGAGUCAUUUGUGAUGUCUUCAAGACAGAGUGUAACUGGCCCUAAAGGCAGGCUUCCCAAUGACCAUCUGUGCCUGGUGCGCCUGCGUCCACGGGCUGAUCUGUUCUCUGCAGGCCUCACUCCUUCUAAUGCUUCAACUCUGCUGAUGAUGGUCAAACAGUGUCUGGCAAAGAGGAAGGUCAAGCUCAUUGACAGGCUCAACCUCUGGUCUCCAGAUAGUGGGAGUAAGCUGUUAUCGGAGAUGGGCAUGCAGGAGGACAUACUGACAGGCCAUGUAUAUCCAGAGGAGUAUCUUCGACUCUUUCAGCUGAUGGACAAGAGCCAGGAGUUCACACAGAGCUGGCUUUAUGAAGAGAUUCUGGAGAACACACAGAGGGAGGGUUGGGGCUAAAAUAUAGACAUAUACAGGUCAUGUGUAUUUUUAUAGAAAUUAAAUACAAAAGUAAACAAAAACAUGUAUGUUUAAUAUAACGAUAAUGUAAUAUAAGAAUAAUAUAAUGUGCGAUGUAAUGAAACAGGGACACAGAAGAUGCAUACAUACAUACAUACAGAAAAGUAAAAUGUUCAUGCAGAAUAACUUGACUGCAUAAAUAUUUUUGUUGCUUGACAUAAUACACUUAUGUAUGGAGUGACUGAAACGAUGAAAAUGUUUGUGACUUACUGUACUUUAGGACAGUGGAGGAAUGACUUCAAAUGACCCUCUGCGUUGUCCUGAACUGGGAUUCACAUGAGUUGAAAUUUAAGACAAAAACUCAGUAGCAGAAAUGGUUCUUUUUGGGCUCUCACUUGAGAUUUGUUUGUUUGCCAGUGGGUGAAAAAAUGGGUUUCUGCAAUGAAAAGAUUUAAAAAUUGUUGCAAAAUAAAGGUCUUUUAUUAGUUAAAUCAUGUAAAAGGAAAAACCCCUAUAUGCAUUUGACAGCAACAUGCCCAAGGCUGCUGAAAAAAGCCUCAUGGAUGCACAAGGUCAUGGAAAUGAUAUUAUCAUUCAGAAAUGUUCAUGUAUGCUACAUGACUGAUACAACUGCAGGUUUUCUGAUGCAAUAUAUUAUGACAGCAGUUUCCCAGAACACAACCCUGCAUGUAUCUUGUAUUGCAUAAUUUUCUGAACCGACAUCUUAAGGGGAGUAGCAGUGCAGGAAGGAGGAGGAGGAGGAAGUUUUUCACUGUAUGACGCCAAGUCUUGUAUAUUUUUGUACAUUCAUUGUGAUUGCAUAAGCUUGUCUAAAUGUCAUGUUUUAUGGAAUGUGUAAGAUGUGUGUCUAAUCUAUUUUUUAAACAAAUCAUUAAAUCAUAAUUUUGA